AUGUCGCCUCACAAGGUAGAUGAUGUGUAUGAAGCACCGUACAAGAUUGAAAGGCAGCUGCUUUUCGCACCGCGCAAGUUGCGGAUUGUGUGCAUUGGAGCAGGAGCCUCUGGCAUGUACAUGGCGAUAAGACAAGAACAGCUUCUGGAGAAUGUGGAGUUCCAAAUCUACGAGAAGAACCCAGAUGUGGCGGGAACAUGGUUCGAGAACAAAUACCCCGGCGCUGCCUGUGAUGUCCCAGCACAUAUCUACACAUUUUCAUUUGCUCCAAAGACAGACUGGUCCCACUAUUACGCUGAAUCCGACGAGAUACAAGAGUACUUUUCUAGCGUCGCCGACAAGUACCGAGUGCGGAGAUUCAUAAAAUUUGACCAUCAGCUCGUCUCUGCAGAGUGGAAUGAGCAAAACGCGAAAUAUGAGCUUCAAAUCAAGACUUCAAAUGGGUCCAUUCUCCGUGAUGAAUGUGAUAUUUUGGUCAAUGCUUGCGGAAUUCUCAAUGCGUGGAAAUGGCCAGCAAUUCCCGGUCUUCAGGAUUUCCAAGGCGAACUGCUGCAUUCCGCCAAUUUCGACCGGUCUUGGACUCCAGAUGGCCGGAAUGUAGCCUUGAUAGGCACUGGUUCGUCGGCCAUACAGAUCCUUCCAAAAAUCCAGCCCAAAGCGAAACAUAUAGAUACAUAUGCUCGAUCGCCCACGUGGAUUGCGAUGCCUUUUGCUGGCAUCAAAUCAAGGCAACCACAAGGCAACCCGCCAUACUCGGAUCUGGAAAAGGAGCAUUUCAAGAAUGACCCAGCGUAUCACUUACAGUAUAGAUGUGAUCUCGAAUCGGAAUUUAACCACUACUAUGAGAUGUUUGUGGACAAUUGUGAUCUGCAACUUUCGACUGUCAGAGACUUGACUGCAAGAAUGGAGGCAUCAUUGGCCAAGAAGCCGGAGCUAAUUCCUCUUCUCAUUCCCAAGUUUGGCGUUGGAUGUCGCAGACUAACGCCGGGCGUCGGAUACCUGGAAGCAAUGUGCGAAGAUAAUGUUGAAGUGGUGACGCAGGAAAUCACUCGCGUGACCGCCGACGGGGUGGUAUCGGCCGAUGGCACGGAGAGAAAAGUCGACACUAUUAUCUGUGCGACAGGAUUCGACGUCAGCUUCACCCCUCGCUUCAACUUGACGGGGAAGAAUGGCUUCAAGUGUGACGAAAAGUUUGGUGCAGAUCCCAAGGGCUACAUGUCUCUCGCCAUCCGUGACCUUCCAAACUAUUUCAUUUUCAAUGGUCCACAAGCCUGCGCAGCAAACGGCUCAUUCCUUCCCGUCCUGGAAGCUACCGCAGAUUACAUCUUGAAGUGUGUGCAUAAGAUUCAGACGCAGCGCAUCCGUACGAUGAACCCUAAGCAAGAGGCCAUCGACGAUCUUGUCGAGCAUGUUGACACUCUGAUGCCGGAGACGGUCUGGGUCCAUUCUUGUCGAAGUUGGUACAAAAACAACACAGUCGACGGACGGGUCACGGCUGUGUGGCCCGGGAGCACGUUACAUUUCCUUUCGGUCAUCAAGGAACCGCGCUGGGAAGAUUAUGACUAUGAAUAUCUCGGUGGCAAGAACCGCUUUUCGUACUUUGGGACUGGACAGACCAAGACCGAGGCCGAAGGAGGAGAACGAGCCGCGCAUCUUCGCACCAGAGUCCAUUUGUUCGACGAAUGGUGGCCGGAGCAUGAAAAGAAACUGGUGGAAUCGGACGCCACGGCUUAG